UUGGUGUCUGUGUCUACUCAUUCAUGUGUCAUCACUCGCUGCCAUCGCUGGUCACUCCCAUCAGCAAUAAGAGCCGCAUAUUUGUCUUAAUACUGACGGACUAUAUAAUGAUUUUAUGCUUUUAUUGUCUCCUCUCAUUCACCGGUAUUUUCGCAUUCAAUCAUUUGGAGGACAUCUAUACUCUUAACUUUCAGAUCGAAAAAUGUUAUACACCCAGUGAUGACAACCCCGUAAAGCCGGUGCCCUUUCUGGACUACUUCCUGCCCCUAUUCCCGGUGUUCACCCUCUCGACCAACUUUCCCAUAAUAGCCAUCACUCUGCAGAACAAUCUCAAGACCCUAUUCUCGUCGUGUGGCGGAGGGUCACAACAGGGCAGCCAAUCAGUCAUACGGCGCCGACUGGUGUACCCAUUG